AUGCCCCACAAACACAAGCGCAAGCGCGACGAUGACCCUUCGAACUAUGAUCUGCCGCCCACUCACCGUGCGAAGACCCUCGCCGUGCACCAAAAGGCCGACCCAAUAUUCACCUCGGAUCUAGAGAAGAAGCGCAAACGAGAAGAAAGAAAGCAGAAAAAGGAGCAUCAGAAGAACCAAUAUCGAGAAGACGACACGCCCAAGGCGUUCAAACGACUCCUCGCCUUCCAGGACGGCAAGAGAAUACGUUCGGGCCUCGACGACGGGAUAGCUCCCUCGAAGAAGCGACGUAAAGGAGAUGCAAAGUUGAACUCGACUUCGACGUCGAAGCCGACUUCAAUUGCACCGCCUCAAUCUUCAGCGGGAGAGCAUUCCGGUCCCAAGUUAAACGAUGGCGCCGCUCUAGCCGCAGAUAGAGCGCCGAGUCUGAAAAUCAAACCCAAUGAGUCGCUCUCCUCGUUCAGCGCCCGAGUCGACCAGUCCUUACCACUCACCUCGGUGCCGAAGCAUAAGACCAAGCUCGCGCAAAUCGCGGGCCUCGAGAAGAUCAAAACGCCGCUGAGCAAGCACAACAAACGCCUCGCUCGCAUGCAGAAGGAAUGGCGGAACACGGAGCAGAAGUUGAAAGCCAAGGAGGAAGAACUCGCCGACGAACUCGCGGACAAGAGGGAGGAAGAUCACCUGGUGUGGUUGGGCGCCGGGGUCGACCUUUCGAACCCGUUGGGCAAGAAGAGGCGGAAGAAAGGAACGGGAAAGGACGUCGAUGACGCGGAUCCGUGGAAGAUCCUGGAAAAGAAGAGGCGCGAAGAAGGCGAGCUGAGGCAACGCAGUUUGCAGGACGUGGUCACCGCACCGCCAGUGUUGAAGCCGCUGAAGAAUAUAUUCAAGGACAAGUCGCUCCGCGUGGGAAUGACGGGUACACCGGGGAUCCCUACGCAGAGUGCUUGA